AAUGACAUCACUAUCCUCCCGACGUCAUUACCUCGAUUGUGCGGUAUAUAACGGAGCAAGUACAUCUCAGGUCUCAUUCACCAGCUGCAGAGCACAUCAUGUUUCGCAACGCAAUCAUUUCCAACGCGCGCGUUUGUACUGCAUCAUAUACCCGUUCUAUCCAUGCCACGCCCGCUGCUAGCACGGUCACCGAGAAAGCGUCCGAGAUGGCAGACAAGGUGAAUAAAAAGGUUGGUAGAGGCCUUGCGUCGUCAAUUGAGACGGGAGAGAGAGCAGCGGAGAAAACCAAGGAGACACUCGGUGCAACAACGACUUCGGCAAAGCAGAAAGCCGAAGACGCAAAGCAAAACACCCAGGAAACAACGGAGCAAGUCAAGCAAAAGGUCAAUCAGGCUGCCGCCGGCACGCGAGAAACUAAAGACGAAAUUAAGAGUAGGAUGUCGAAGUAAUGACCCUGCUACUCCGUAUGCAUGAUUAAAACGUAUAAAUU